GGUGUGAAGCUGAACAAGGAAGCUGUUGUUCGAACAUUUGUGAAAUUGUGUCUUCUUGUCGUCAGUAGACCGUCGCUACAUGCCAGUAGUAGUAUCUAGCCCGGCUUGCGGCAUUUCUUCCACAGCCUCCGUCACAUCAUGAGAAGACGGAGAGGGUCCUUAGCCUCGACUUAGGGAUUGCGUACGGCAAGGAGGCGAGGAGAAGGAAGAACGGCUAGCCUGAGUAGUGGGAGAUGGCCGUGUCGUUCCGGGAUCCACAUACGUACUGAAAAGACAUCAGUGUAGCAGUUUAGAAGCUCCGCGUCCUGUGAAGGAUCCUGUCCAUGCUUCAUCAGCGAACUAACACAGCAUCGAAGAUGCCAGCGCAGGUUGAGCCACUCUAUCAAGUUCUUCUUGUGCUGAGCAUUUCCAUUGUGUCCAGGGCUAAUCAAGGCAUAAAUCUCGUUUCACCGUCACGCCAGAACGUUCACGUUAACGACACAGUGCCGGUCACUUGCUCGUCACUCACCUCGCCCAUCUCCUGGCGCGCGGACGGCGUGUGCACUGAAUCGUUCUCCGCCUGGCUAGCCACUGGAAAGAUGAGCAUACGGGAGCAGCGGAACACCACCACCGGCCUGGCAUACAGUACGCUAACGAUAGCGGAAGUGGCACCUCAACACAGCUGUGUGUUCACGUGUUUCCUGGCAGGCACGGCGCACUCGGCGAGCUCUACCGUUCACAUUGUCGUUACGCCGAAGCUGAGCAUCCAGAAUCGCGGCCACAUCCUGCUCAAUGUCCUCUCGGCCGACAGCCUCAGUUUGGAGCGGGUCCUCGGAGAGUCGGUGACCUGUGCCUGCAUGUCAAGCCUGCCGGCGCGGGUAUCCUGGCUCGACACGAACAAGAUGCUAGUCACGGAGUCGGCGCGUUUCCGCUUGUCAUCGCACCGGCGAGCAGGCACCUACUACGAGACGAGCACCACGCUCGUCGCGGUGAAUCCGGCCAGCGCCCGCGAGUUGGACGGUUUCUCCUGCUGGGCCGUCAGCCAGGGAGAGGUGUACCGCUCGGAGGGUGAUGAUCAAAACGCUAUCCCUAGCCGCGUCGUAUCAAUCACCCUUGCACCUCCGCCACCCUCAGAAAAUGGCACCGUAAGCACCAGUCUUUCCAGUGUCCAAGUAACGAACAUUGCCAUUUCGGCUGCCUUGGGAUGCAUCGCUAUCGCGAUAGCGGUUGUCCUGGCAACCACCAACUACUGGCAACAGAGUCAGCACCGGAAUAGGCAGUCAAAAUCUACGCAUACAGAAAUGGACGUGCCGAUGCCGCUGUCGCAGAUGGUCUCCUUCGACGACUUGCAGGGCUCGCAGACGGAGACACUGAGCACCACGCGCUCGCAGCUGGGCUGCGAGCAGCCGUCGGAAGUGCCAGUCGUCCCGCCGCUGCGCACAAGCCUGCACCCGGACGAUAGCGUCCCCGCCAUCACCACCGGCGGCGGCGUACUUUUGAAACUCUCCAACGAGGAGAUAUACAACGACGCCUACUCGAUGCCCAACAAGAAGCCGCCGCCGAAGGUGGACCCCAACAAAAUGGAGGCGAACCGCCGCAUCAGUGUGGUGUCGGAGAGUGGCUACCUAAGAUCCAUGAUCAACGAGUCCACACUCGGCCCAGAUGAGGAGAACUAUGCAGCUCUGUAGCGAUUGACAGUUGCCUAUUUUUUUGUCGAUUUAAAAGACAACAUAAUAAUUACUUAUUUUUUAGCAGUAAAGUAUUUACUUUCUAAAUGGCUUCAAGACCUAUCGAACUUAAUAAAGAAGAUUUCCAUUCAAGCAUUGUACAAAGUCUCAUGCAAUUGCCUGCCUCUGUCAGCAUUUUUUUCCAAUCAUGCAUGUUGAAACUUGGAUGUUGAGCCAAUAAUAAAUCAGAAAGUGCAACAACUAGCUGUCCCCGGGGAAAAUCGCGGAAAAAAUCCCAGAAUUUGCGGUGUAAUUUGCGGGUAAAUAUGGCAUAAUUUGCGGU